GCUAGGGUGAGGCCUGUGAUCUAGUGGCCCUAUGCUGGUUUGUGUCAUGCCAUGCUCUGGUGUACCAGUUAGUGCUUUGGUUUGCGUUCUUCAGGUGCCUCGGUUGUUUAUCCCCUCCUAAAUUCCUUCGAACUCACACCAUGGGGUGAGUUGAGUUUUAAUGUAGUGACAUGAAAACACCUGCGAGUUCACAUACUUGCAGUGCGUUCAUCUUUGAUCUAGCAACCAGCAAUCUAAGAAUUGUUUUGGUUUUGUUUUCUGUCAGGCUCCCACACGUAUAGAAUGAUGUCUCCUAAAGCUUUCUUGCAUGCUGCCUGCCAUCUCUUUCUCCAGUGUGUCACUCUGAGGUUGAACCAUCCCAAUGUAGUAAGAGCCUGUGAAGUUCCUGAGGAGAUGAACUUUCUGGUUAACGACGUUCCUCUUCUGGCCAUGGAGUAUUGUUCAGGGGGUGACCUCCGAAAGUUGCUGAACAAACCAGAAAACUGCUGUGGACUUAAGGAAAGUCAAAUACUUUAUCUGCUCAGCGACAUUGGGUCUGGUAUCCAGUAUUUGCAUGAGAACAGAAUUAUACAUAGAGAUUUAAAACCUGAAAAUAUUGUUCUUCAGGACGAAGGUGGGAAGGUUGUUCACAAAAUAAUAGACUUGGGGUAUGCAAAGGAUUUGGAUCAAGGAAGUUUAUGCACUUCAUUUGUUGGAACAUUACAGUAUUUGGCUCCAGAACUCUUUGAGAACAAAUCCUACUCAGUGACUGUUGAUUAUUGGAGCUUUGGGACAAUGGUGUUUGAAUGCAUUGCAGGAUUUAGACCUUUCUUACACAACCUACAGCCCUUCACCUGGCAUGAAAAAAUCAAGAAGAAGGAUCCCAAGCACAUCUUUGCUUCUGAAGAGAUGAAUGGGGAGGUUCGCUUCAGUACCCAUUUGCCACAGCCUCACAGCCUGUGUGGUCUAAUUGUAGAGCCAAUGGAAAAUUGGUUGCAACUUAUGCUGAACUGGGAUCCCCAACAGAGAGGGGGAGGUUUGGAUCCUCAGAGCAAUCGUCCAAAGUGUUUCCUGAUCAUGGAUCACAUACUGAAUUUGAAGAUAGUACACAUCCUAAACAUGACCUCCGCCAAGAUUGUUUCAUUUCUCUUGCAUCCUGAGGAGAGCCUGCAUUCCCUCCAGAUUCGGAUUGAGUUAGAAACUGGAAUAAGUACUGGCAAUCAGGAACUGCUUUUGGAAACGGGAAUUUGCCUGGACCCUCGGAAACCUGCUUCCCAGUGUGUUAUCGAUAGUGUGAGAGGCUGGGAUAGCUACAUGGUCUAUUUGUUUGAUAAAAACAAGACUGUCUAUGAUGGCCCCUUCGCUUCUCGGAGCUUGUCUGACUGUGUGAAUUACAUUGUGCAGGACAGUAAAAUCCAGCUGCCGAUUCCUCAGCUUCGCAAGGUGUGGGCAGAAGCAGUUCACUACGUGAUCGGGCUCAAAGAGGAUUACAGCAGGCUCUUCCAGGGCCAGAGAGCUGCCAUGCUCAGUCUCCUUCGCUAUAAUGCCAACCUGAUCAAAAUGAAGAACAACAUGGUGUCAGCAUCUCAGCAGCUGAAAGCUAAGCUGGAAUUCUUUCAUCAAAGCAUUCAUCUUGACCUGGAGAGAUACAGUGACCAGAUGGCUUAUGGCAUAUCUUCAGAAAAGAUGCUGAAAGCCUGGAAGGAGAUGAAAGAGAAGGCCUCUCAGUGUGCACAGGCUGAAGAUAUUGGAUAUCUGGAUGAGCAGAUCAUGGCUCUUCACACAGAGAUUGUAGAACUUCAGAAGAGUCCAUACGCAAGGCGCCAAGGAGAGGUGAUGGAGAGCUUGGAACUGAGAGCCAUAGACUUGUACAAGCAAUUAAAAACAAGAUCUCCAGAUCAUGCCUACAGUGACAGCAUGGACAUGGUGAAGAUCAUUGUGCAGACAGUUCAGAGCCAAGAUAGAGUUCUCAAGGAGCUCUUCGGCCAUCUCAGCAAGCUCUUGGGUUGUAAGCAGAAGAUCAUUGACUUGCUUCCAAAGAUUGAAGUGGCUCUAAAUGACAUCAAGGAAGCUGACAACUCAGUGAUGCAGAUGCAGGGCAAAAGGCAAAGGGAGAUAUGGCAUUUGUUGAAAAUUGCUUGUACUCAGAGCUCCUCCCGAUCACUGGUAAGCCCCAGCCUGGAAGGGACAGCCUCAACUCCAGCAGCCCCAUGGCUCCCACAGAGCUCCUCAGGGAAUGUGCCUCAUCCUCUGUCAUCUGUGGCAGCUCUUGAAGAUGGGGAAAAUUUUGUCCAGGUGAUAGAAGAGAAUCUGAAUUACCUAGAGCUCUUCAGCAGUAUUUUGCAGGAGGUGAGACAGGAGCAGAACAGCAGCAUGAUGAGUUUUGAUUGGAGCUGGCUGAAAUAGCCCAAAAGAGCCAACACUGUGCUGCUGUCUCCAGAGCCAGAGUGCCUUCGUGCUGGGAGCUGGGCAGCCUUCGCCGCAAAGAGCUGGAGGGGACUGGUUCAUCAAUCACCUUAUGCUCUGCACGCCGUAGAGGGGUGGUGCGGGUGGUGGUCAGGCGGGGAUACACCUGUGGCAGUAACGAAUGGUGUUUUGGCGAGCGUAAAGCUGCAGCUGCAGCACCGGGUCAUGGGCGUGAUGGGACAGACGGCCCCGCCUGGCCGGAGGGAACUGGCACCAAGAGCUCAGUCCCCGCGGCGCCCCGCCUCAGGGCUCCGCCGCGGUUGCUGACUGCUGCCUAGUGCUACGCAUCUGGUAUGCUCUGGGGGGUGGGGCGUAAGGGGAGACAGCACGGCUGCAAUAAAGUUGUGGAGCCGC